CUCCAGGCUCCAGUACCUUCCACAACAUUCUCUCCAAACAUCUUCCAGAAGCUACCGACUAUUUCUAUCUCUCUAGAAACUCCUCUUUCGUCUUCCUCACCAAUUCAAUUCACCACCUAUAAAUAUAUACAGCCCGCUCUUUCCAUGUAUCUGCAACCAAAAAUCAAACUACUCGACAAAUCAAAUUGCUCGCCUUCAAGUCGUCGGAAAGAGAAAUAUGGAUCUAAAGUUGUUUGAAUUGGAGUCACCGAUCCUGUCGUCGCUGCGACAGUUGAUGGAGCUACAAGAUACUGAAGCAGAGAAGUCAUUCAACGCUCCCACAAGGACAUACGUGCGAGACACCAAGGCCAUGGCGGCAACUCCUGCUGAUGUGAAGGAGUAUCCAAACUCUUACGUUUUCAUUGUAGACAUGCCGGGCUUGAAAUCUGGGGAUAUCAAGGUCCAGGUGGAGGAUGACAACGUGUUGCUAAUCAGCGGGGAGAGGAAGCGGGAGGAAGAGAAGGAUGGAGUUAAGUACUUGAGGAUGGAGAGAAGGAUCGGCAAGGUCAUGAGAAAGUUCUCUCUGCCGGAUAAUGCAAACACUGACGCCAUAUCGGCGAUUUGUCAGGACGGUGUUUUGACCGUCACCGUCCAGAAGUUGCCGCCACCGGAGCCCAAGAAGCCUAAGACGAUUGAGGUUAAGAUUGCCUAAGAAAUAUGGUUUCAUGGUUGUGAAUGCAUAGGAUAAUGAAAGAGAAAAAAUAACUUCUACCAUUUCUGGUGCGAGAUUGGUGAGAUUAGUUCAAUAUAACCACAUUUUAAAUAAAUUAGUACUAAGAAAUGGAACAGAAGAUGUCUUCCUCUUGAGACUUUUAAUUUUGGUCUCGAGUCUGAUUAUAGAAGGUUCUUUAAAGUGGAAGAAAAAUCCUUCUUUUGCAGCCACUAAAGGAUGACACUUCCUGUUAAUUUCUUGUCAACAAUGCUUGGUGAUUUGGAUGAGAAAAUGUAUAUGGAAUUACUGCCUGAUACUUUAAUAAAAAGGAACAGGAAGUGUGUAAGUUAAUGAAAAUCA